GGAGCUGCCGACUCUGCCCCGAAAGGGAUGGGAGAGGAGCACCGAGGCCUUUGGGACCACCUUGCCGGUCGGCUGCCGGGUCGAGGUGAUCCUGCCGUCGCUGCCGACCGGCGACAUCGUGAACUGGAUCCACGAGGACACUGCGGAUCCGACCACGGACGACGGGCCGCUUAUACCGCCGCUGGACGAGGAGGGGGACAUUUCACGCUGGAUCUGGGCGCGGUACGCGCCACGGUAUGCGCUGCGCGAGCUCAC